AUUUUCUGUACUGUACAUGUACAUGUUGUCUGUGCUGUGCCCACAGCAAACAUGCAUGUGUAUCUUACCGCGACUGAUCUGCAUUGACCGAACCUUUAGAAACUACAUGUACAAAAAACAAACAUAUUUAUUUGAUCACACGCUCCAUUUGAUAUUCCAGGCACUCAGCACGAGCGCGAUGAGCACAAAUGAGGGGGCUUUCCAUUCCCCUGCAUUGGUGACUGUUUGUUCGAUGCACAUGUUCACACGAGCGCACGCAGAACAACCAAUGACAUCUCCAAAAACAUCCAACAAUGACCAGUUAACAUGCCAGACAAGAGGAACAGGGACACACGGAUGCAACAACAGCAGCAGCCAUCAUCUCGAAAGAGUAAACUUGCAUACCGUCCAAACAAUUCACCAGGCUCUGUAGCUUCCCCACCAGUACCAUCUUACCUACGCAUUCUGUUUCCACGACACAUUCAAUUGCGAGAACCUGUACCUCAACUAUUGAGUCAACCUCUUCCAGAUCUCGAUGCAGAAGCAUAUCAUUUUCUGGCCUUACUAGUCAGAGACUUUAUUCAAUCAUGGUAUUCUAGCAUAUCAACUGAUCCACAAUUGAUUACGUCUAUUGUAAAUAUCAUAAUCGAUAUUGCACGCAAAUUGGAACAGCGAUGUAGGGAGGUCAAUUGGGUGGGGCUAUUACUACAGGAUGUGCCAGAUGUGCUUCGGAGACAUUAUGUUGAUUAUAGACAGGCGACUCAAAAAGUGGAAACAGCCUAUGCUCCCAACCAGACAAUUGAGUCCAUCUUUCAUGGACUACAGCCUCAUUUUGCAUUGCAUAAUGGCGAAGAAUCUGAAAAGGAGUACCUUCGACAACUGGCGGAUGAGCUCUUGCGGAUACUGCUACCCAAAUCCGAAUACGACUCUGAUUGUGUUCGAUGGCUCGUACGGGAAAUUCUGUGCUGCCUAGUUCUUCGAAGCCUAGUCGAGAUCCUCACUGAACCAGACAUGGUCAAUUAUAUUGUUAAUACUCUUCUAGUUGAUUUUGAGCCUACGGAUGAAAAAUAUGAAGAAUUCUUGAAAAAGGCUGCAGACAAAAUGGAUACGUCGGACGACAACUUUACUGCAUUCCUUGCAAGCUUGGGGCGUUAUAAGGGCGGGCCGCCUGGAGGCAUGACUCAUCGGUCCUCAACACCAAAUAUUCAGACCACAGAUGAAAUGGUUACGAUGUUACAAGACGCUCAGUCAUCCGCUUUAGGAAUAUAUCAGCAAGAGAGCAAACGCUCACAGACAUCAUUUUUAAGGCCUGAGAGAAAUGAUGGAUUGCAUCCUCAGUGCCUUGCCAAUAAUUUAGAGAUCAAUAGAGUACCAUCACCCUUUUUGGACUCGAGUUUUCGCUCUGCAAGCCCUAUUGAGCCACUUUCAGUGUCUCAGUACGUCCCUUCACUAGAACCACCUCUUCAGAUACCAAUGUUGACCAACAAACCAAUUCUAUUACGUGACAGAGAUACUAGUCGAACUCUCGAUAGGACCACGGGAAAUGGAGGGAAUCGGUAUAUACAAGCGCAACAAAGACGCGGCAGAAAUACUCGUUCGAUGACUUCAUCAUCACGGAUACGGAGGACAGCUAUCUGGGCUGUUACAGAGGCACCUCCAAAAUAUACCAAAUAUAUGAUCAAUAAUGUCCUUAUUCCCUUUGGGAUUUUCCUGGCAGCGUUUUUGAAUUUUAUGCUGUCAGUCCCUAGUAAGGUCAACCAAAUCUCUCAAUCAGUGGUUUGGAUCUAUGCGGAACUAGAGGCGCCGGAACAAACGAACCUAGAGAUGAGCACCAUAAAAUUGCUAAAAGAGAUCUUUUAUCUAGAGGAGCGCAAUCCUGUAAUCUGGAGACAAUGGGAAAUCAUGGGCUGGCCUCUAAUCCGGACAUUUGGUGGGAAUAUCAUCGAUCGGUUACUUGCCCACGGAGUCUAUUGGAUUUUCGCGGAACCUCGGUUGGUCAUGUAUAUCCAAGCAGGCCGGAAUGCCUUGUGGCCAGAUCCAGCGUCUUCCCCACCAAGGCCGAGAGGUGGAGAUGAGGUGGAGAAGGCGCGUAAGGAGGCAGAGCGCCGUAUUUUGAGAAGUGUGCCAGCAUUACUACGUGACACAUUUUUCGGAGAUAAUGGCGUUCAUCAUCUGGUUGCUGCAAAGGAGGCAUUAGAACCCUUCCAGAGCAAGAUUUGUAAUAAGCAUUUGGUCUAUAUUGCGUUAGAUCUGUUGCUUUCUAAAAUAGUUCCUGAAAUAUAUCCAGAACGACCAUGAGAUGGUUGAUCAUAACAAUGUCAACAGCAGGCAGUAAUAAUAAAAAAGAAAAUG